CAACGUCAAGUGCCUGACGGCAGUCUCGACCACGUGCUCGCGAAGUGUCCUUCCAAAGGAUUAAAAUGUUCACUUUUUAAACAGGAACUGGCAGAGUCGUCCCCUGAAAAAUCUCUUUUCCGAACAUGACACCAGAAAAAGUACGAACGCAAAUACAUCAGCAAUAAAAUUAGAAGCAAUACAAUAAUAGCCUCUCGAGUUUAAAGGCAAUGUAAUUAUACGAUUGCGACUAUCACACGAGACGCACCAAAAGCAAGCUAAAAUGGCGUUCGCGGCUGCUCGAAUGAUUCUCAAAGACAAGAGGAGGAAAACAUCAAAGGAGGACUUCGCUCCGAGGAACAGGAGUAAGGCGCGCAGCGGAAGCGCAAGUAGCUAUAGAAGUCUGAGUCAGGCUCGCAACAAGCCCGCCGACGGUCACGUGGCCCAGAAGCUGCAAGCGGGCCAGAGAACGCCCACCCAUGGCCCCAAAAACGGCCCCCCGAAGACGCCCAGCAAGCCUUCGCAGAAGAGCGCUGCCCAGAAGGGCCAGCCCAUUAAGCAAGCUCCGGCCAAGGCCGCCGCCGCCGCGGUUAACAAAACGACCAAGAAGACCAAGAAGGGGAAGCAUCACCAGCAUGAUCUCAUCGUCACCAUUAACCUGACGGAAUAUGGGCUGUCGGAAGACCAAGUGGCAGAAUUCAAGGAGGCUUUCAUGCUGUUUGAUAAGGACGAAGAUGGAACGAUAACUAUGGCAGAGCUGGGGGUGGUGAUGAGGUCCUUGGGACAGAGACCAACAGAAACGGAGCUCCGAGAUAUGGUGAAUGAAGUGGACCAAGAUGGAAACGGGACAAUAGAGUUUAACGAGUUCUUGCAAAUGAUGUCGAAGAAAAUGAAGGAUGCAGACGGGGAGGAGGAGCUGAAAGAGGCAUUCAGAGUUUUUGAUAAGAACAACGACGGAUUGAUAUCAUCCAAUGAGCUACGCCACGUGAUGACCAGUUUGGGGGAAAGAUUGUCCGAAGAAGAGGUCGAUGACAUGAUCAAGGAAGCUGAUUUGGAUGGCGAUGGGCAAGUCAACUACGAAGAGUUCGUCAACAUUCUGACAGCCAAGAAUUAGGCAGAGACUGCAAGAAUAUGGUCCAAUUUAAAGAACUGCUUAUAUCAAAGAAAGCCCAGCAGCAAAAGUUUUCAACUAAUACAUUAAUAAAUUAACUUAAAAAAUAUUCGUAUCCAUUAAAUUAUAAAGCACUGCUUCUAUAUUCUUUAUAAUUCAUCUAGAACCCUACGGGACAAACAAGAAACAAAUGCUAUACUUACAGGGUGGAGAUAAUUAUUAAAAUAAUCACCAAAAAUUAUUUUUAUUAAAAUAGCCUUUCUUAGUGGAUAAUUACUUUCAAAAUAAUAUAUUUAUUGUUAGGCCUUUUCGAGUCUUUCUAAAGUACGUUUAAGGUGAAAAGUUCUUUCCUCCGUUUCUAAGAAUUAAAGAAUGAGAAACGAAAGCUUGACAUGAGGUUGUUACUAACAAAUAAUAAUCGCAAAAUCUUAGUCUACACGUUUAAUUAGAUAGCAGUUAAUUUUAAGACAAUUAAGUAUAUUCCAUUUUAUAAUGCUAAGAUCCAAUAAUAAAUUUUUUAUAAAGUUAAUUAUGAUGCUUUCGCGUUUUUGUAAUUAUGAUUAAGUAGUGUGAAAACUGUUCAUUUCGAAGAACAUAUUCAAUGUUAUAUUACAGUUAAAUGUUCAAAUGUAUAUAUGUGUUUAUUGGAGUCUUCCUUAAGAAAAUUGACAAACCGUCAGGAUGAAUUACGUUCUCGACUGCAUUUUUCAAUGUUUGUGGUUCUUGUAUUUUCAAUUUGCUUGAGGAGGACGUUCGUCAUAGACAAUAACAAUAAUAAUUGGUGAAUGGCUAUAAUUUUCAAUAUGUAUUUUGUAGUUUUUAAUACUUACAGUUAAAACUUGUUAUGUUGUAUAAAUUAUGUAAGUUCGUUUGUCGAAUAUAGCGUGUUUUAAUGACAAA